AAGCUUUUGCAGACAUCACCAAGCAGAGAAACAUCACCUUCGUCACAAAUCCAACUGCACGAGACACCAUCCUGAACCUGACCUUGACAGCCCUUGCUCCUGAAUUUAAAGCCUUUGAGCCUGAAGACUUUGAGCUGUGGUUCCAGGUCAAUUUGGUCAGCGUCAUGGCCAGCAUCCAUCCUGGCAGCUUGGUGGUGAUUCCCAGGAACAUCAGCUGUGCAUCCUACAAAGCUAUUCUCACCGGUCUCAGGCAAAGCUUAAACACCCUGCCAAUGCACCUUUCACACGAUGUGAGAUCAGGCAUAGCAUCAUUCCAGGAGACCUUCAAGCGUUGCUCACUUCCCGAAUCCUUGGUGUGCAAGGAGACCACGGUUGAUGAGGACCUCGUAUGUGCUGCAGUCGAUCGAUCCCGACUUGAACAAACCCUGUCUACUGCCAAUUCCUCUGAAGCCCUGUGCAAUUUGACCAUCACAAUGCAUGCCUGUUCCUCAGCCUCUCAUCUCACGCCCAGCAACCUGGCAACCCUGUUGAAAUGCUCACUGGAAAGCCAAAAGACAUACACUGUAGAGGUCUGGAAGCUUCUCUUCCAAAAAACAUCAGCUGCACUAGACCAAGCUCUUGAAUCACUUGCAACCAUGGCCUCCAACAACAGCUACCCAUCCUCCUCAACUGCUCUCGAGGCGCUUGGAGAGGUCAGAUUUGCCAACUUCAGCCAGUCACAGUUGCAGAGUGACGAGUUUGUCAACAGCUGGUUCCAGACAAGGAUCCCUCCGUUUUUGGCUUCUCCAUCCAGGAACUUCCUAUCCUGCCUCAGCUCAAACAACUUCAGCUGCCAAACUUACCAGACCGUUGUCCGGGCAUUCAGCGGUCAGAAGUCAUUCAUGGACAGAGAGAGACAGCAAGCAGUCUUCACUCAUUUCAUCAAACCGUUCCUCUCAAGAAAUGGCUCGUCAGAUCCUGGCUGUGUCUCAUCUAGCAACGGAAGCACAGAGUGGCUACAGGCAAACCUUGGUGUCUUCUCUGGUUUUGCAACCCUGUCGGAUUUAAAGCUCCUCAAUCCCAACGUCUCCGCUGCUGAAUCCUUGUCGGCCUUCACUCCCGCUCAGAUGGCACAGCUAACACUGACGUCAGGGGCAUCCAAUGACACGGAGCAAAUCGACCUUGUGUUUGAGCAACUCGAGAAAGGCGAUGCUCUGGAAAGUGUGAAUGAAUUCCUGACAGAGCUGACGGCAGACGAAAAGAGCCCUGACUUCCAACCUGUUGUGAGCGAUCGCAUAAUGAACAGGACCUUCCACAUCAUGAGUCCCCAUUUGAUCGACUUCAACACAGCGGACUGGUUUGCUUGGUUCCACAUCAAACUGGUUCCCGUCCUUUCAGGUUUCCGUGCAGUGAUGCUCACAAAUGUAGCCGCAAAUAUAAACUGCACAAACUACCAAGUUGUUGUGAGUGGGAUGGUCAAAGGUUUCCCUGGAAUGCCUGAGCGCAGACGACUUGGAAUCUCAAAUGCCAUGCUGGCUUACCUCACAUCUGCCAGGGUCAUCAGUGAGCCAGUUUGUAGGCCAGGAAGUAAGAGUGAUGCUGAGUGGCUUGAGGAAAACAUGGGUCCAUUUUCACAGUAUGCAACAUAUACUGACCUCAAAGCGCUGAACAUCUCUGCGGUGGCGGUUUUGGACGUCCUCUCACCAAAAGAGAAGGCUGAGCUGAUCCUGGAUCCAGAGAGCGGCGCUUUAGAGAAUGAGACCAUCCUCAGGGAGGUGUUCAAAGGCUUGAAGUCACAGGAUGAUGAGAAGCUCAGUCAGUUCUUCCAAGCUUUCGCAGACAUCAACAAGCAGAGAAACAUCACCUUUGUCACAAAUCCAACUGCACGAGACACCAUCCUGAACCUGACCUUGACAGCCCUUGCUCCUGAAUUUAAAGCCUUUGAGCCUGAAGACUUUGAGCUGUGGUUCCAGGUCAAUUUGGUCAGCGUCAUGGCCAGCAUCCAUCCUGGCAGCUUGGUGGUGAUUCCCAGGAACAUCAGCUGUGCAUCCUACAAAGCUAUUCUCACCGGUCUCAGGCAAAGCUUAAACACCCUGCCAAUGCACCUUUCACACGAUGUGAGAUCAGGCAUAGCAUCAUUCCAGGAGACCUUCAAGCGUUGCUCACUUCCCGAAUCCUUGGUGUGCAAGGAGACCACGGUUGAUGAGGACCUCGUAUGUGCUGCAGUCGAUCGAUCCCGACUUGAACAAACCCUGUCUACUGCCAAUUCCUCUGAAGCCCUGUGCAAUUUGACCAUCACAAUGCAUGCCUGUUCCUCAGCCUCUCAUCUCACGCCCAGCAACCUGGCAACCCUGUUGAAAUGCUCACUGGAAAGCCAAAAGACAUACACUGUAGAGGUCUGGAAGCUUCUCUUCCAAAAAACAUCAGCUGCACUAGACCAAGCUCUUGAAUCACUUGCAACCAUGGCCUCCAACAACAGCUACCCAUCCUCCUCAACUGCUCUCGAGGCGCUUGGAGAGGUCAGAUUUGCCAACUUCAGCCAGUCACAGUUGCAGAGUGACGAGUUUGUCAACAGCUGGUUCCAGACAAGGAUCCCUCCGUUUUUGGCUUCUCCAUCCAGGAACUUCCUAUCCUGCCUCAGCUCAAACAACUUCAGCUGCCAAACUUACCAGACCGUUGUCCGGGCAUUCAGCGGUCAGAAGUCAUUCAUGGACAGAGAGAGACAGCAAGCAGUCUUCACUCAUUUCAUCAAACCGUUCCUCUCAAGAAAUGGCUCGUCAGAUCCUGGCUGUGUCUCAUCUAGCAACGGAAGCACAGAGUGGCUACAGGCAAACCUUGGUGUCUUCUCUGGUUUUGCAACCCUGUCGGAUUUAAAGCUCCUCAAUCCCAACGUCUCCGCUGCUGAAUCCUUGUCGGCCUUCACUCCCGCUCAGAUGGCACAGCUAACACUGACGUCAGGGGCAUCCAAUGACACGGAGCAAAUCGACCUUGUGUUUGAGCAACUCGAGAAAGGCGAUGCUCUGGAAAGUGUGAAUGAAUUCCUGACAGAGCUGACGGCAGACGAAAAGAGCCCUGACUUCCAACCUGUUGUGAGCGAUCGCAUAAUGAACAGGACCUUCCACAUCAUGAGUCCCCAUUUGAUCGACUUCAACACAGCGGACUGGUUUGCUUGGUUCCACAUCAAACUGGUUCCCGUCCUUUCAGGUUUCCGUGCAGUGAUGCUCACAAAUGUAGCCGCAAAUAUAAACUGCACAAACUACCAAGUUGUUGUGAGUGGGAUGGUCAAAGGUUUCCCUGGAAUGCCUGAGCGCAGACGACUUGGAAUCUCAAAUGCCAUGCUGGCUUACCUCACAUCUGCCAGGGUCAUCAGUGAGCCAGUUUGUAGGCCAGGAAGUAAGAGUGAUGCUGAGUGGCUUGAGGAAAACAUGGGUCCAUUUUCACAGUAUGCAACAUAUACUGACCUCAAAGCGCUGAACAUCUCUGCGGUGGCGGUUUUGGACGUCCUCUCACCAAAAGAGAAGGCUGAGCUGAUCCUGGAUCCAGAGAGCGGCGCUUUAGAGAAUGAGACCAUCCUCAGGGAGGUGUUCAAAGGCUUGAAGUCACAGGAUGAUGAGAAGCUCAGUCAGUUCUUCCAAGCUUUCGCAGACAUCAACAAGCAGAGAAACAUCACCUUUGUCACAAAUCCAACUGCACGAGACACCAUCCUGAACCUGACCUUGACAGCCCUUGCUCCUGAAUUUAAAGCCUUUGAGCCUGAAGACUUUGAGCUGUGGUUCCAGGUCAAUUUGGUCAGCGUCAUGGCCAGCAUCCAUCCUGGCAGCUUGGUGGUGAUUCCCAGGAACAUCAGCUGUGCAUCCUACAAAGCUAUUCUCACCGGUCUCAGGCAAAGCUUAAACACCCUGCCAAUGCACCUUUCACACGAUGUGAGAUCAGGCAUAGCAUCAUUCCAGGAGACCUUCAAGCGUUGCUCACUUCCCGAAUCCUUGGUGUGCAAGGAGACCACGGUUGAUGAGGACCUCGUAUGUGCUGCAGUCGAUCGAUCCCGACUUGAACAAACCCUGUCUACUGCCAAUUCCUCUGAAGCCCUGUGCAAUUUGACCAUCACAAUGCAUGCCUGUUCCUCAGCCUCUCAUCUCACGCCCAGCAACCUGGCAACCCUGUUGAAAUGCUCACUGGAAAGCCAAAAGACAUACACUGUAGAGGUCUGGAAGCUUCUCUUCCAAAAAACAUCAGCUGCACUAGACCAAGCUCUUGAAUCACUUGCAACCAUGGCCUCCAACAACAGCUACCCAUCCUCCUCAACUGCUCUCGAGGCGCUUGGAGAGGUCAGAUUUGCCAACUUCAGCCAGUCACAGUUGCAGAGUGACGAGUUUGUCAACAGCUGGUUCCAGACAAGGAUCCCUCCGUUUUUGGCUUCUCCAUCCAGGAACUUCCUAUCCUGCCUCAGCUCAAACAACUUCAGCUGCCAAACUUACCAGACCGUUGUCCGGGCAUUCAGCGGUCAGAAGUCAUUCAUGGACAGAGAGAGACAGCAAGCAGUCUUCACUCAUUUCAUCAAACCGUUCCUCUCAAGAAAUGGCUCGUCAGAUCCUGGCUGUGUCUCAUCUAGCAACGGAAGCACAGAGUGGCUACAGGCAAACCUUGGUGUCUUCUCUGGUUUUGCAACCCUGUCGGAUUUAAAGCUCCUCAAUCCCAACGUCUCCGCUGCUGAAUCCUUGUCGGCCUUCACUCCCGCUCAGAUGGCACAGCUAACACUGACGUCAGGGGCAUCCAAUGACACGGAGCAAAUCGACCUUGUGUUUGAGCAACUCGAGAAAGGCGAUGCUCUGGAAAGUGUGAAUGAAUUCCUGACAGAGCUGACGGCAGACGAAAAGAGCCCUGACUUCCAACCUGUUGUGAGCGAUCGCAUAAUGAACAGGACCUUCCACAUCAUGAGUCCCCAUUUGAUCGACUUCAACACAGCGGACUGGUUUGCUUGGUUCCACAUCAAACUGGUUCCCGUCCUUUCAGGUUUCCGUGCAGUGAUGCUCACAAAUGUAGCCGCAAAUAUAAACUGCACAAACUACCAAGUUGUUGUGAGUGGGAUGGUCAAAGGUUUCCCUGGAAUGCCUGAGCGCAGACGACUUGGAAUCUCAAAUGCCAUGCUGGCUUACCUCACAUCUGCCAGGGUCAUCAGUGAGCCAGUUUGUAGGCCAGGAAGUAAGAGUGAUGCUGAGUGGCUUGAGGAAAACAUGGGUCCAUUUUCACAGUAUGCAACAUAUACUGACCUCAAAGCGCUGAACAUCUCUGCGGUGAACGUCGUGGACUCUCUUUCUUCAACACAAAAAGCUGAACUGCUUCUUGAACCAAACAUCUUAUCAAAUGAAACCCUUGUGAGAGAUGUUUUCACAACGCUUACUGUGUCCUCACCUGUGGAAGACCUUGGCACUUUCUUUGGUAAAUUUGUUAGUGGGGCUGCAGAGCAAAACUUGACAACUAUUGAGCCAAGAGUGCGUGACACCAUCCUAAAUCUGACACUAUUAUCAAUUGGCCCAAAACUAUCCAUGUUAGAUGCUCAGGGAUUCAAGUUAUGGUUCCAGAUCUACCUACCCCUGUUCCUCCCAAGCAUUGACUCAAGCAUGCUUGAAAUUAUUCCUCAAAAUAUCAGCUGUGACUCCUAUCAGGAGAUUGUCAAGGGAUGCAACAACGUUUUCAGUUUCUUCACAGUGAGGCAGACUCAGCAUGUUUUCAAAUUUACAAAGGAUUAUCUGAGAGGACAUACAUCCUCAGGUCUCUCCUGUGUUAAGUCUGUGAAUGAUGACAGACAGUGGCUUGAAGACAACUUUGGCAGGUUCCUUGUGCAUGCCACCUUCAUGGAUUUUGUGGCGUUGAAGAACAAUUUCAGAGGAGUGGACGUUGCAGAUCUUCUCACUUUCAGUCAGCUGGCCCAACUUGCAGAAAUUCCAUCACAGCUUGAGACGAAGGAGGACGUGACAAAGGUCAUGACAGUCAUCAACCCUGUUUACUUUGGUGCUUUCUUUGACAAAGUCUCACCUGCCAUUGAGAUCCACCCAGCCAACUACACCGAAGAGGUGAAAUCUGCCUUCCUUGAGGCAGUGUUUGACAGAGGGAACCUGACCUCUCCAGCUAUAAAUGACACAGAAUUCCUGCUGUGGCUCAAAGUUCGACUAAGCCCUCUCCUAGUUGACCUCUCUCCCAGGUUGGUGACACCUUUGUUUGACAUCGGGAAGAACAGGAGUUGUAACAGCAGCCAAGAGAUGAUCACAUUAUUGGACACAUUACAUGUGACACUAAGGAACAACACUCAAAAGGAGAUCUUGAGAAACACAAUUCUUUACCUCCAAGGUCCAAUGCCACUCAAGUGUUACAGUGGUGGGAGCUUUUACAUCUUCCUGAGGAACACUUUCCUCAGCUUUGGCUUCCCAGAUCUGUCCACAUUCACAUCUCUUCUGCCACCGACACGGGAAUCAGAGAUUCUAGACACCAUCAGUACCUCAGAGCUGAGUCUGUUCCUCAAUGAACCCCAUGUGAUUGACAACAACUCUGACAUCUGUGUCGUUUAUAACAACUACAACAACACUCCUGCCUUCCUGGAGAAUGAGGACGUUCCAGACGAUGUGAAGAAAGUGACCCUCCCCUGUGUGUGGCCUUCAGCCCUGAGCAGCAACAGCAAAUCAGAGGCUAAUGCCUGGUUUGACCUCAGGUUGAAGAACUAUCUGAAAUUCCUCAGCAAGAGUCUCAUCAAUUUCACCGAAGUGCAGAAUGCUUCGUGUUUUGCUUUCCAGAGACUAGUCUCUGUGAUGGGAACCAACUUUACAUACAACACCUCUGACUUUGGACAGAGUGAUGUAUACACCACCAUCAGAAACUACUUGAGCUCUGGUUCUGUAGGUUCUGAAGCCACAUGCUACAAUGCCAGUGAUCCAGAACUGAACUCUACCUCCUGGUUUGUCAAUUACAUCGGCAGUUUUGUGACAUUCAUCACUGCGGAUGACUUUACCACCUUCACCUCUGCCAGUGGAGUUGAAGUGUUCUUCACGAACCCAGCUAACCUGGAGCUCUUCAACAACACAGCCAUCCCAGCAACUGUCACUGACAGUUACAUCUCUCAGUUGUUUGAAUUCAACCCAACCUACAACCUAAUGAAGCUUCCAGGCUUUUUCCUGUGCUCCUCUGAUGUCCCAGGAGUGGCUUAUACUUCUGUGAAUGAGGCUGACACCUUACGCAUCUUGGACGAUCUGAGGACACUCUGCAAUGGAAGUGAAAACCCUGAGAGGUCUGCUGCUCUGGCAUCCAACAUCCAGACCUUCACCCCAGAGACAUUUGCAACUUUUGGCAGUGCCAGUGCCGGCCUCAAUAUCAAGCAGAUCACCUCUAUUAACCCAUCAGUGCUGCGUGUCUCUUUAUCAACACUGAACAUUAUCAGCACCUGGAACCAGGAGCAGGCCACAACUAUCAUCCAAAGACUGACUGAAUCAGGCUUCCAGAUCAACACUGGAUCCUCCCUGCAAUCUCUUGGUACACUUGUCGUGGGAGUUCCAUCCACGUCAAUAAAAUCAAUACCAGCGUCUGAGCUCCUCCAGAUCUCUGGGAACAGCACAUUUGUUUCCAGCAUGCUAACAGCCCCAACAGUUGUCCAACAGACCUUUGUCCAAAAGAUUGUGUCUGUGGACUCAAGUCCAGCAAAAGUGGUGCAGAAUGUUCCUGAUGCCAUGGCAACUGAGAUCCCACCAUCUCUGCUGGUGUUUUCGGAGGAGUCUGUGAACAUCACUGUGGUCAACAAAAAGAAGUGGAAGCCAGAUCAGGCUGCCAUGUUCUUUGACAGCGUGGGUACAUCAGACUUUGACACUGAGCAGCUUUCUCCCUCUGUGCUGCAAGGGUUCUCAUGCACAACAGUACAGAAAAUUAAAAAAACCAGAGUCCGCAGGCUCAUCCGUUCCUGCAGACCAAGGAGACGCAGGACAAAGGUGGUGCUGAAGGAAUCACAGCUGACUUGCAUGUACAACUUGCUUAAUGGAAACAUAUCCCAGAACUUUGCAGAUUAUCCUUCGGACAUGCUUCUGUACUUCUCUGAAAAAGAUGUCCAGAGCAGCAACUGCAGGUCAUACUUUUCUGCAGUAGGUGCUGCAGACUUUACUGUGGCGUCCAGCGUUUUGAGGAGAAACUCAAAGCUGUUCAGACGAGCCAGGGGAUGCUUGGGCAUAAAUAGCUUCAAACUGAGAAAAGAGGAUGUGGUGGUCAUGGGGAAAAUGGCCUGCACUCUGAACAACUCUUACAUCGAGAACUCUGAUCCUGAAAUCCUGGAAAAUCUCAAAACCUGCAAAGAUCUUAAUGACGAUCAAGUGGCUGCCAUGGAGGCACUGCUGCUGUCUGGGAAAACACAAUAUGGGGAUGUCUCCGUCUGGAACAAGCAAACACUGGAGAAACUGGGGAGCCUCCCUCUGUAUUUCACAGGAACGAUAUGGAGACGUAUCAAACGUAGAACAAAGAAAAGAUUCCUCAGGAAAUUUAUGCCCAAACUGAGGGGAGGAAAAUGUAAGAAGAAUAAGCUCAAGAGACUGUUCACACAUGUCAGUGCCCGCAGGGUCAAACGAGGAGCAGGUUGCACCGAGGGCAACAUCACCCAAGUCAUAGUCAACGACCCGUCCUUCCCCUUCGGCUAUGACCAGACACAAUUUGACCUCUGCCUGGACGUCCCUGUUCUGAAGGACAAUCUUAACUCUAUUUGUGAGAAAGUGGACGAUGACGAUUUCCAGAGAACCAUUUUGAGAAAACUCAAUGAGGCAUACCCAUCUGGUGUCUCUGAUAAUGAAGUCCAAGUUCUCGGCUCAGUGUCCCGUGUGGCAACACUCCAGGACAUUUCCAAGUGGAACAUCACCACAAUCGACACCCUAGCAGCGCUCAUGAAACCUGAGGAUGGAACAUGGGAGGCAGCGAAGAGCAAAGAAAUCAUCAUGAGAUAUCUGAAUACUUCUGGGAACACUCUGGGCAGCGCUGAGCUCAACAGUAUUGACUCCAACCUGUGCUCACUGGACAUCAGCACUCUGGAGACCAUCACCCCGGGGAGUAUCAGAAAUGCCAACACCUUGAAUCUGGAGUCAUGCUCGACUGAGCAGGCCAAAGUCCUGUAUGAGAUCAGCAACAUUUCCUUCAGCUCACAGCGUGGCAAUCCAACCUCUUAUUACAAUUUGAUUAAGAACUAUUUGGGUGGAGCGCCUCAGUCAGCUGUAAAUGCACUGUCAACGCAGAACCUCAGCAUGGAUAUAGAUGUUUUCCGGCACCUGGAUCUCAACGUGAUCACUAAUUUGACUGUGCCCACUGUCCAAGGCCUCCUGGGUGCACACAUAAGUGAUCUGAAGUUGUUUGAGGACGACACUGUGGUUCAGGCAUGGUUGAACAGCCGGUCGCAGUCAGAACUGGACCUGCUUAGUCUGAACCUAACGACCAACAGAACCACUGCAGCCACUGUUCCACCCAACAUAAACACAUCAGAAACAAACACAGCAUCAAAUGGUGCUGUGACAGCAACACAGGGAAACGCAGUCAACUCCAACACAACUACAACCACAAAUCCACCCACAAAUGGAACAACACAAGCCACUAGUGACGGAAACCUGGCAAAUAAUCCAACCUCCAUCUUCUUAGCUGCUGUGCUGACAACUGUGCAGCAAAUACUUCCUUAACACUUCUUUAACUACUAACUUAAGUACAUUUGAAUGUUUAGUAACGUAAUGAAUGAUUUUUUUUUUCCACUGCUGAAUGUGAUUCAUUUAAAUUAAUGCUAUUUAUUUAUAUCAAAGACAAAUAGUUUAAUUGCCACAGCUUCGUUAGUUUGUAUAAUCCAUAUUAGAAAAGAAGAAUGGGGAUCUAAAGAAUAUACUUUACUUGUAACUUACUCUGUAAUUUUACUCAACAUCCUGGGAACUUCAUUGCUGGCCAUGUUUAAAGACGUUUAAUAUCUGUAAUAAAUUCAAAUCAUCAAUAAAUGACUAAUAAUAAA